AAACUAUAUGCACGACAGAGAAGCUAUCUGAAAUGGAUCCGACAGACUUUUUUCUACAAGAACGCAUUAUUGGACCUCUUGGGCUACUAGGCAGCCUUGUUACGGCUUUACAAACUUCAGGAGCUGGAUAUUAUUAUUUAGGUCCUGCGUUCAUCAAAGGAACAGCAGUUCACCAGUGGGAUCUGUGUGGUUAUAUAGAAGAAUUGAAAGCUACUGUGCAAGUCGUGAUAACAUGGACAGACUCCAGAUGGAGCCCGGGCUUUGAAUUUCCGCCUGAAGUAGACGACCGUUCUAUUCCUGUACAAGUUGUGCUUCGGGGAAAAGGAAAGUUCCAGAAAGAUAAAAAUGAAGCCACUGAAUUAAAUAUUGUGUAUGACUAUUCUCGGUUUCGUCCCUAUGUUCCUUCACCGGAGACAUUUCAGCCUCCCAUCGAUGUGUACUGUUCAGGAUAUAAAGCAAAUGUUCCUGUACCUCAGUUGCCUGAUUACUUCAGUUACAACUCGGAAAUUAUCUUUUUCGAUUCUCCUAAAAACAUUCCAACUCGUAUUACUUACAGAAAGAUUUAUUACGAUUACAAAUUCAAUAUUACCCAAAUUGAGUACAAUUCUAAAGACCCUCGACUUGGUCUCAAAACAGGACAAGAAAGAGGCGAGAGACUAUUAGUUAUUCACGAUUUCAAUACAGGUGUUCAGUACAACCUUCACAUGGACGAGGAGACAUGCAACAUUUCUGACAUCCAAACUUGGUUUCCCGAUGUUUCUACGGCUCAGAACCAUAUUUUAAUGUCUAAUCCAAAGGAAUUCUUGUCCCUCAACAGGAAGGACAUUGUCUACAAUGGCAAGUUUCACGAAAGAGGGCUCCAAGUUGAUGUUUUUUCUUCAUUGUCUCGAGUUGAUGAAGGCACUCCUAUAAUCACUCAGUGGUUCUUUACUACAAACAGUACAGCUAUUAUGGAGGGGAGUGACGAACAGCGAAUAGAGCUGGUAAAGUUAAUAUCACGACCUCAAACAGCGAUGGGACGAGAGGGAACAACUGAAAUUAAUUUCUACGACUUUAACGAAGCAGAACCUAGUUUGUUUACCUACGAUAUUACCCCAUGCUACAACAGUAAAGAAAAGAAAGACUUUCUUCUUAUUCUUCCAACCAAGUACGUUCUGGAGCUAUCACGUAACAUGAACCUUCUGAAGUCUCGAGUUUUAGCUGAAUUAAGUAAGGCUGCGAGUGUUCACGUGCUUCGAGUUAACCAAAUGAAGGUAAAAAGUGACGACAAUAACUUCAUGAUUCACUUUACUUUGCUUGAUAAACCGCCACUAGUGGGAAAUGUUGCCAAUCCAAAAGUUGAUGAAAAUGAUCUCGAAGCGGCAGUCGACGCCUUGCGGAGUACAAUUUACAAUUCGCAGUUAAGAGUAACUGUUCCUCUAAACACUUCCUUCGUCGUUGAUUUACAACCAUCAAAAGACGGCUUGAAGGAAGUGUCGUCAUUGGUUGAUAAGACAGCCGAUGAUUCUGGGAAAGGCUACACUCAAGGUCAAGUAACCGGUAUUGGUGUUGAUGCUUGUAUGGCAGGCUUUGUGCUUGGUGCGGCUCUGUUCUUUUGUUACCUCACAAGACACAGACGACCAACCAAACAUAGUUCUGAUGAUAUGAAAGACUCUUUUGACAUUGUUGAAGUUGGAGAAAGUAGUAUUUGAGAUGAGGCAGCAUAAAAAGUUGUUGUUACAAUAAAAUACGCAUCUUGUGUUAAAACCAAGUGAUUUUUUUGUAAAUGAAAUACACCGGAGUUAUUCGUUUGUUUUCAACAAUAAAAAAUAUGAGAAAGA